UAGCUGGUAGCAUUGGUGGCAUAUGUAACCAAACUGAACCCGUCGGAGCCGCUUUUCACAAGGAUUAUCGAAAUAAAUAUAUUUCCAGAUUAUGUCAGCUACCACAAUCCUAAGGCACAGCCGUGGCCUCUGCCAAUUCGCUAAGUUAGCUCAGGCGACACCAUCCGUGCGCUCAUUCCAUGGGCAACCUGCUCUUUGGUCCAGUUUUCGUUCGUCGCAGCCGGUUCAACCUAUUGAACAGUAUCCCGAAAUUGAAGUAGUGCAAAAUCCGCCUGAAUGGAAAUAUGUCGAACGUUUGUUGCCACCUAAAACUGUGCCCAAACCGCUGGCCAAAAAUGAAUAUCCGUCCGGAUGGCAGCCACAGAAGGCUGAUGGCACGGAAUUGGGAUAUUUUGUGGCCCGCACCAAGAAUCACAUGGUACCCGUCUAUCUCAAUACCACGUUUCGUGGUCAGCGUCGAUUAACUGUAGUGCGUCGGAUCCAAGGCGACAUCUGGGCACUGGAACGGGAUUUACGUUCGGUUGUGGAACAGGCGCGUAAUGGCAAACUCUGCGCAACGCGUGUCAAUGAGCUUAGUGGACAAAUAUAUAUCCAUGGUGACUAUGUGGAUGUUUUACGAGAACAUCUCAAGGCCAAGGGAUUUUAGAAAUAUUCAAUUUGAGUUACGUAGCGUCGUUUUUUUCUGUUUUUAUUAAACAUAUCUCUUAAGCGAUUAUUAUAAAUUACAUCCUUGAGGGAAUUGGCCUUAAAA